ACGCAUACAUUUCCAACUGUGUAUUUCAUUGACGAUUACUUGUCCACGAAUAAACAAAGAAAAUGGCUGGUGUUGCUACAAAGGGAUCCACAUUAGUGAACAGAUUGCUUACUCAAGCUCGUCCUCAAUUGGACACCUUCUUGAGAUACGCCAAGGUGGAAUUAACUCCACCCACACCAGCUGACAUUCCUGCUAUUCGUCAAGGUAUCGGCCGCUUGGUUACUGGUGCUCGUACCGGUGCUUACAAGAACUUGACCGUUCGUGAAGCCUGGUUGAACACUUUGGUCACCAUGGAAGUUGUCUUCUGGUUCUACAUUGGUGAAUGCAUCGGCAAACGCCACAUUGUUGGCUAUGAUGUCUAAAUCUACGAUUAUCUAGCAUCGAUGAAAUACAUGUAUUUUUUAGAUUAC